AUGGAGGCUUAUCGCUAUCCAAUUAAUCUUCUUUCAGAUCGCAAACCAGCAAAUAUCCAACGUCGUACUUCCCCCAUUGGUCUUCGAAGUCUGCGUUCACGAGCCCCACCUAUGAUGACGACCACUGGCACCACCACCAGUCCUUCUUCCUCCCUCCGCAGCCGAAGCACCAAGGCCACCACUUCCGUCAAGGCUCCUCGUCAUUCUCUUCCACAGCAUCGCGCACCCUCCUCUAUGAGCUCGUCGGCGAAGUCCCGACGACGCUUCACCCGAACUUCCGUUACUCCAAUGAUCCUCCGCAGUGCUCGGAUUUGA